AUGUUGCAACCGGACACCGUCGCCAUGGGCAAAGACCAGGAAUCUCAGGAGAGCUGGCUCGAGAAACGAGGAAUUGACCCAGGCAGUCGAAUCCGUCUCAAGAAGCUCUCGCACGUUCGCUACCAGCAUCCCAACCUAGACGAAAUCCACCAAUUUCUUCUGAACUUUGGACUCCAGGUUGCCCAAAAGACAGACCAGGAGGUCUGGUACUCGGGCUAUGGGCCGGAUGCGUACGUGUACUAUGCGAGGAAGGGUCCACGGAAAUUCCUUGGUGGGGUCUUCGAGGCCGAAAGCCGUGAGGACUUUGACCGAGCAUCUCGCCUUCCCAGUGCAGGAGCAAUUGAAGAACUGAAGCACGCCCCGGGAUGUGGGUUACUACUAACAUUGACGGACCCAGAGGGGUUCCCGUUUAAUUUGAUCUAUGGGCAGCAGGAAGUCACCGCCAAACAAGACCUCUUUUUUGACAAGGUCCUUCUAAACUUCCCCGAUGAUAAACCACGCGUUAGGCAGUUCAACCGGUUCCAACCAGGCCCAGCCGCGGUGUAUAAGCUAGGCCACUACGGUAUGAGCACCCAGAUGUUCGACUCGCAACUGCACUUCUACACCUCCACCUUCAACAUCAAUCCCACCGACUUCGUCUACAUGGACCAAAACGGGGAGCGGAUCCCAGUAACCGUCUUCAUGCACCUCGAUCUUGGCGAGACAUCCGUCGAUCACCACUCGCUGUUUCUCAGCCUCAACCCAACCUGGGCACAUGUCCACCAUUGCUCCUUUGAAGUACACGACUUCGACGCCCAGCAGCUUGGUCAUCAGUGGCUGGCGCAGAAGGGGUACCGGCCUGCGUGGGGAGUAGGUCGGCAUGUUCUUGGGUCGCAGAUCUUUGAUUAUUGGUGGGAUGUCUCGGGGAAUAUGAUUGAGCAUUAUGCGGAUGGGGAUUUGGUCAACCGGGAUACACCGGUGGGAUUUGUUGAGGCUGGGGAGGACACGUUGGCAGUAUGGGGACCUAAAGUGCCUGCUGAGUUUGUGGAGUGA